UGCACAUCAAUCACACCAUCAAUCUCAACCACCACUCAACUCAACCUCCCAUCUCACUCCCCCCCGGAUUCCAACUCUGCCCCUCGUCUUGGCUUACCACGCAUCAGUAUUUCACUCUUCCCCUGCCAAUCCGGCCGGAGCACCCUGCAGCUCCCCUCCCUCUCUCCUCAUCUCUCGUCCCCUUUUCUCCAGCACCAGCUUGAGCAGUGACGCCGACAAGACACUUGCCCACCUUUACUUUCAUCACAACCACCACCAUCAAAUCAUGGCCGUCCCGCCCAGAUUCGCCGCCCACAAGCUCGAGUUCGGCUCCCCGCCGGCCGCCCCCACGGCCUCGUCGUCGGUCCCCCACACGACGCACACGCUCGAGCUCUACGUCGACUACUGCUGCCCCUUCUCCGCCAAGCAGUUCCUGACACUCACGCGCGACGUCUUCCCACUCGUCCGCGCCAACCCCUCGUGGGCCGCGCUCCUCGCCGUCGUCUUCCGCCAGCAGGUCCAGCCCUGGCACCCCAGCUCCACGCUCCUCCACGAGUCGGCCCUCGCCGUCCUGCGCCUCGACCCGGCCAAGUUCUGGGAGUACAGCGCCGCCCUCUUCGACGCCCAAAAGGACUUCUUCGACGUAAACGUCGUCAACGAGCCCCGCAACCAGACGUACCGCCGCCUCGCCAAGCUGGCCGCCGCCCGCGUCGGGCUCGACGAGGCCAAGGUCUACGCCCUCCUCGAGGUCCCCGACAAGCCCGCCCCGGACGGCUCCCUCAACGUCGGCAACCAGGUGACCAACGACCUCAAGCUGCUCACCAAGAUGAACCGCCUCGUCGGCGUCCACGUCACGCCCACGGUCGUCUUUGAUGGUGUCGUCCACGACACCAGCUCCAGCUGGACCGUCGACCAGUGGAAGGAGUGGCUCGACAAGAACGUUGUCUAGGUCCUGGCGAAUUGGGAUACGAUUGGCUUAGUAGCUGUAUACACUUGAUUGGCUCCAUAAUCGCAGCUUUCAUGAGGAAAGUUGGCGCUCUGAUUUCAGGCUGCUUGGACACUAGUCAAGGUGUGUUGGUUAGCUGGGCAGAGCAUUACCAGGGAUCUAUGUACCAAGGAAAAAAGUGAAUUGCUACUGAUACAGGCGCCUUUCACUAUUCAUACAGCCGUCAAUGCUUUCUAGUAUCACAGAGUGGAAGCCGAACCUUCCCACCUUCUCAAACCCUCGUGAUCGAGAAGAGGCACC